AUGUCGGAUUGGGAAGAUGAAUACGACGGGGAUGGUGUGGUGGUUUCAAAGCAGUUACCUGUUAAACCUGCGCCACUAAAAUCAUGGAGGCCUCCGUCACCUCGAGGUGCGCGCAAUCGAGAAAUCUCGAGCGCCGGUUCAAAAUUCGGUGGAGACGGAGAGCAGUGGGUGAACUGGAGGAACCGAGACUCGGCUUUCGAUGUCUUUGAUGGUGCAGUCGGUAAAAAUAACAGUUACAGUCGAUCCAGGACUGGACCAACACGAAGUCGCGGUGAUGGAGACCGUGGAGAUUCUUCACCGGUUACUCUGAAUGUGGAAAACUCAUUGGUCGGGAGAAUAAUAGGUCGAGGUGGUGCAAAAAUACGAGAGCUCGAAGAGAGCAGUGGAGCGUCAAUAAAGAUAACCCGUGGUGCACAUGAAGCUGAAGUGCUUAUCUUUGGAAGCUGUGAUGCUCGGCUCAAAGCCAAAGACAUGAUUGAAGAUCUGGUGCAUGGAAAUAUGGGAGGUUCUGGAUACCGCAAUGGAAACAGCAAUCAAGGGUAUCAAAAUGACUCUUGUUGGUCAGCUUCUGCUGUACAAGCGGCGGCCGCUGCAGCUCCAGCACCUACCCCCAUUGACUGGACUUCACUUAGAGAAAACAGGGACAAAUAUGAAGCUAUGAAAUGGCAAGAUCUUCCUGUUCUAAAGAAGAAUUUCUAUAUUGAAGCAAAAUCUGUGGCUGCUCGCAGUGCUGAAGAAGUCAAGAUCUGGAGAAAAGAGAACAACAAUAUCUUUGUGGACGAUUUGAAAGAUGGUGACAAAAGAACCAUUCCCAGUCCAGUGUGUACGUUUGAGGAAGCUUUUGCUCACUAUCCUGGCAUCAUGGAAAACAUUGUCAGAGUGGGGUUUAAAAAACCAACUCCCAUUCAGUCGCAGGCCUGGCCAGUAGUCCUGAAUGGAACUGAUCUAAUUGGAAUAGCCCAGACAGGAACAGGCAAAACUCUGGCCUACCUCCUUCCUGGAUUUAUUCAUAUGGAUGGACAACCAAUGCCCAGGGACAAAAGAAAUGGCCCUGGCAUGUUGGUUUUGACUCCCACUCGUGAGCUGGCUCUCCAGAUCGAAGCAGAGUGCAACAAAUACAGCUACAAGGGAUUCAAAAGUAUCUGUAUCUAUGGAGGAGGUGACCGAAAGGCCCAGAUUAAAGUAGUGACCAGUGGUGUGGACAUUGUCAUUGCAACACCUGGACGGUUAAAUGAUCUACAGAUGAAUGAGCUUAUCAACUUGCGCUCCAUCACCUAUCUGGUGUUGGAUGAGGCUGAUAGAAUGUUGGACAUGGGAUUUGAACCUCAAAUUAUGAAAAUCAUUCUGGAUAUUCGGCCUGACAGACAAACGGUUAUGACUAGUGCCACCUGGCCACCAGGUGUUCGGCGACUGGCCAAAUCCUACCUGAAAGAUCCCAUGAUGGUUUAUGUGGGCACACUGGAUCUAGCAGCAGUAAACACUGUUCAGCAAACGGUGCUGUUUGUGCAGGAGGAUGAAAAAAAAGACUACGUUUUUGAUUUCAUUCACCGAAUGGAGCCUCGGGACAAAGUACUAAUAUUUGUUGGAAAAAAACUCAAAGCUGACGACCUCUCCAGUGACCUGUGUCUUCAGGGUGUAGCAGUUCAGUCUCUGCAUGGAGACCGAGAGCAAUGCGACAGAGAAGAGGCCCUGCAGGACUUUAAAGAUGGUCGUGUGCGUAUUCUGGUGGCGACUGACCUGGCCUCCAGGGGACUAGAUGUGCAUGACAUCACGCAUGUGUUCAACUAUGAUUUCCCGAGAAAUGUGGAGGAGUAUGUGCAUCGUGUUGGGAGAACAGGUCGUGCAGGGAGGUCCGGUGAAUCUGUAACCCUGGUGACGAGAGAGGAUUGGAGAGUAGCAGCUGAGCUAAUCACCAUCCUGGAGAGAUCUGGUCAGGAUGUACCAGAAGAACUAGUACUAAUGGCUGAGCGUUAUGAAAAACACCGGAGGGAGAAAGAAAUGUUUGGACCCAGGGGCGGAAGAGGAGGAGGAGGAGGAGGAGGAGGAGGCGGCGGCGGAAGAGGGGGAGGACGAAGAGGUGGUUAUAGAGGAGGCUCAGACCUGCCUUUCUAA